GCUUGGCACAGAAAUGGCAGUGUGAUGGCUGCUGGAAGAUGAUUAGCUGGAAUCAGGGCCAUGCCUGAAGAUCAGCAACACAGCAGAGAUGUGACUUGUGCAAUGGCAGUCACACCCACAUCAGCAGCAGCAGCAGCGCCCAUACCCCGGCAGUCUGAGCCUAGUGCGCGUCUGUGCGUCUGCGCUGCUACUGCUGCUGUUGCUGCUUCUCAGACUGUCUCCUCCACGCUCAGCCGGACUCUCCUCCCCUGGGUUGCAGCAGGAGGAGCAGCUGAUGCUUCUGAAGGGAGCCCCCUGUAUGACAGGCAAGCCACAGGACGCAUAAAGGAGCCAAAGCUACAAGUGAAGGAUCCCUGGCGCCCGGGCUACACAUCGCACUAAGAAAAGCGAGCGGCGCCUCGGAGCAAGAAUGUUAUCCCCAUCUACUAACAGCGGCGUCAGGUAGUUUCCCCAGGUCUCUAAUGUGGAACUAAUGUAUAUCAAUUCAGAAGACUAUUACAGAAAAUGAUGCCAUGGAUUUUCUCAGAAGAGUCCUUGAUUACUUCCUUUGGGUAAAUGAGGAGUAGCCAUGUUAUUAUGCUGACAUCUAAGCAUGAAUUUGGUAGACCUCUGGCUAACACGCUCCCUCUCCAUGUGUCUGCUCUUACAAAGCUUUGUUCUAAUGAUACUGUGCUUUCAUUCUGCCAGUAUGUGUCCCAAAGGCUGCAUUUGCUCUCAUACAGGAGGCUUAAAUGUCAGUUGCAGUAACGCAAAUCUCAAGGAAAUACCUAGAGACAUUCCUCCCGAAACGGUUUUACUCUACCUUGACUCCAAUCAAAUAACCUCAAUCCCCAAUGAAAUUUUUAAGGAUCUCCAUCAACUUAAAGUUCUCAACUUAUCAAAGAAUGGAAUUGAAUUUAUAGACGAACACUCUUUUAAAGGUGUAGCUGAAACACUGCAGACUUUGGACCUGUCAGACAAUCAGAUUAAGAGUGUUCAUAAAAAUGCUUUCAGUAACUUGAAGGGAAGGGCGAGGAUUGCAAACAACCCCUGGCAUUGUGACUGUACCCUACAGCAAGUUCUGAGGAGCAUGUCUUCAAACCACGAGACAGCGAGUAAUGUCAUCUGCAAAACCUCUGUACUGGAUGAACAUGCUGGACGGGCUUUCUUUACUAACGCUAAUGACGCAGACCUUUGCAAUCUUCACAAAAAGACAACUGAUUAUGCCAUGUUGGUCACUAUGUUUGGCUGGUUCACCAUGGUGAUAUCUUAUGUGGUAUACUAUGUACGGCAAAAUCAGGAGGAUGCACGAAGGCAUCUUGAAUACUUGAAAUCCCUGCCAAGUAGGCAAAAAAAACCUGAUGAAGCUGACGACAUUAGCACUGUGGUAUAGUAUCAAGUUAUAACUAAAAGACUGGAGUGGAAAUGGGUAACGGUUUGAAUAUCUUUAGAACAAAGUUCUAAUUUAUUGCCGGAAAACCUCUAUGCCUUUCUAAAAAAUACAGUAGGUGAAUUUUACCGCUGUCUAGGAACAAUACAAGUCAUCUUUCUUUAAAUAGUCCAUAAUAACGUCUUUGAAGGUAUUCCAGUCAAGUCCAUUAUUCUGUAAGUAAGUUAGAAUGCAUUUCACUAUUGAAUAAUGAAAUAUUUAUUUUUUUAAGUAAAUAAAGGAUCAACCUUGAACUGUGUAAGACUUAGCAAUCUAUCAUUCUUUGAGACAUGAUUACAGACAGGGUUAAGUGAUUUAUUUUUAUAGGCUAGUAAUCAUUAUGCAAAACUGGCUGUAACCGAAAACAAAUUCAUAUAUAUGGAUGUGUAUAUAUAAAGUUAUACAGGUAUGGGAUCUGUUAUCUAGAAUUCAAAAUUUGAAUCUCCAUACCUUGAAACUAUUUAUGAAUUAUUUAAACAUUAAAUAAAACCCAAUAGGGUUGUUUUGCCUCAAAUAAAAAAUCAUUAUACCUUAGUCGGGAUGAAGUACUGUUUUAUUAUUACAGAGAAAAAGGAAACUAUUUUUAAAAAUGUGAAUUUGUUUAAAAUGGAGUCUAUGGGAAAUGGCCUUCCCGUGAUUUGGAAUUUUCUAGAUAAUGGGAUUCCGGAUAACAGAUUCUAUUCCUAUAUAUAUAUGUAUACACACACGUGUAUAUUUUGGAAGACUGUUCAUAGAAAGUAAAAAUUAGAGUUUGUCCUGUGAUUUUAUUCUUUUUUUGCAACUAUUAAAGUGCUUCUAGAACACCAGUGUCUUAAGUGACAAUGUUUAUGCUCAAAAGCUAAGAUAAGUAAGAUGGCCAAUCACUCUGUCUUCUCCAGCAGGAAUCAUAAUCAAACUCAGAUGUUUUAAAAUGAGACCAUGACAUGUUCCAUGUGAUAGCAACAAAUACAGAAUGAUACAAGUUUCAUGCAUUUUAGUAAUAAAAAAAGCUGAACAAACGUGA